UCUCCUUGGGGUCCAUGAGAUGGCCACAGAUGACAAGCCAUCUCCGACCCCAGACGAGACAAGCGAGGUGCCCUCCUCCCCUCGUGGUAGCCCUUCCCACCUUACACACUUCAAGCCUUUGACUCCCGACCAAGAUGAGCCUGCGUUUAAAUCUGCCUACAGUUCUUUCGUGAAUCUCUUCCGUUUCUCUAAAGAGAGAGCCGAAACGGGGCAGGGGGAACAGCCACCUCUGAAUGCAAGCUGGCCAAGUCCGCAGCACUGUCUGAGGGGUCAGUCCCUACAAUCACCGGUGCCUUACAAAAAGACAAUUGCAGGGGAGCUGCAGAGAAGGUCUUCUACGUCGCUAGACAGUCGAAGAAAAGAACCACCCCUCGGCGGUCAUGAUCCUCGGACAGCUGUUCAGCUCAGAAGCCUCACUACAGUCUUGAAACGGCUCAAAGAAAUCAUGGAAGGAAAAAGCCAGGACAGUGAUCUGAAGCAAUACUGGAUGCCGGACAGCCAGUGCAAAGAGUGUUACGACUGUAGUGAGAAAUUCACUACCUUCCGGCGAAGACACCACUGCCGGUUAUGCGGACAGAUCUUCUGCAGCCGAUGCUGCAACCAGGAAAUCCCUGGGAAAUUCAUGGGUUACACUGGUGACCUCAGAGCUUGCACUUACUGUCGUAAAAUAGCCUUAAGCUACGCUCACUCCACAGACAGCAACUCCAUCGGGGAAGACCUGAGCGCACUGUCUGAUUCUCCCAGUUGUGUGUCGGUGCUGGAUCCUGGGGAGCCACGGACUCCAGUCACUAGCAGGAAGGCGAGUCGCAACAUCUUUCUGGAAGAAGACCUUACCUGGCAAAGCUUGAUCCACACAGAAUCAUCCCCCACCCCUUUGUCGACGCGCCUUGGAAUCGUUCAAGAGGACGCGGGGAAGUCUCCUGCUCGGAACAGGUCAGCCAGCAUCACAAACCUGUCUCUGGAUCGUUCAGGGCCUUCCAUGGGGCCUGCCUAUGAGACCUCGGUCAGUCCGCAAGCGAACCGCACUUAUGCAAAGGAGGCCAACGAAGAUGAGCGCAAAAUUCUGCUGGACUCAGUCCAGCUGAAGGACCUGUGGAAGAAAAUCUGCCACCACAGCAGCGGGAUGGAGUUUCAGGAUCACCGCUAUUGGCUGCGGACGCAUCCCAACUGCAUUGUGGGAAAGGAGCUGGUCAACUGGCUCAUGAGGAACGGCCACAUCACUACGCGAGCUCAAGCCAUAGCGAUUGGGCAGGCCUUAGUCGACGGCCGGUGGUUGGAAUGUGUCAGCCAUCUUGGCCAGCUCUUCCGAGAUGAGUAUGCACUUUACAGACCGCUACAGAGUACAGAAUUUUCGGAAACCCCCUCUCCGGACAGUGAUUCUGUCAACUCAGUGGAAGGCCAUUCUGAACCCUCUUGGUUCAAAGACAUCAAAUUCGAUGACAGCGACACAGAACAGAUUGCUGAAGAAGGAGACGAUAACAUGACCAAUUCCGCCAGCCCUAGCAAGCGUCCCUCAGUCAGCAGCUUCCAGUCUGCCAUGGACAGCGACUCAGCCGCUUCCAUCAGCCUGAACGUGGAGCUGGACAACGUGAACUUCCAUAUCAAGAAGCACUCCAAGUACCCUCACGUGCCCCCUCACCCUGCCGACCAGAAAGAGUACUUGAUUGCAGACAACGGAGGGCAACAGAUGAUCUCAAUAAGCGACGCUUUCAUCAAAGAGUCGUUGUUCAAUCGGAGGGUGGAAGAGAAAUCCAAAGAUCUUUUCUUCACGCCGUUGGGGUGGCACCAUAGCAACCUUGACUUGCUGAGAGAGGAAAAUGGGGAAAAGCAAGCGAUGGAGAGACUGCUCUCAGCCAAUCACAACCACAUGCUGGCACUGCUCCAGCAGUUGCUGUACAGCGAAUCCUUAUCCCUCUCCUGGAGGGACAUCAUUGUGCCCGUUGUCUGCCAGGUGGUUCAGACCGUCCGUCCUGACGUCAAGAACAGAGAUGACGACAUGGACAUCCGCCAGUUCGUCCAUGUCAAAAAGAUUCCCGGUGGGAAGAAAUUUGACUCGAUGAUGGUGAAUGGUUUUGUGUGCACCAAGAACAUCGUUCAUAAAAAGAUGAAUUUCUGUAUUAAAACCCCCAAAAUCCUUCUGUUGAAAUGUUCCAUUGAAUACCUCUACCGAGAAGAAACGAAGUUUACGUGUAUAGAUCCUAUAGUCCGUCAAGAAAGGGAGUUUUUGAAGAACUACGUUCAGCGGAUAGUGGACGUCAGGCCCACUUUGGUCCUGGUCGAGAAAACGGUGGCCCAUAUCGCCCAGGAACUGCUGCUGGAACAUGGCAUUACUCUAGUCACGAACGUCAAGCCGCAAGUGUUGGACAGAGUAAGUCGAAUGACUCAGGGAGACUUAGUGAUGUCAAUGGACCAGUUGUUGACCAAGCCACACCUGGGAACCUGCCACAAAUUUUACAUCCAGGCAUUCCAGUUGCCUAAUGAGCAAACAAAAACGUUGAUGUUUUUUGACGGGUGUCCGCAGCACCUGGGCUGCACCAUUAAGCUGCGCGGCGCCGGUGAAUACGAGCUGGCUCGGGUGAAGGAGAUCCUCAUCUUCAUGAUCUGCGUGGCUUACCAUUCCCAGCUGGAGAUCUCCUUCCUUAUGGACGAAUUCGCCAUGCCCCCGAUGCUGGCCAGGAACGGCUCCCUUCUCUCUCCGCCCGAAAAGCAGUGGGGAGAAGAAAACGGGUAUCAAAACCUGCCAAGCAGAGAAGUCGGCAUGACGAUAAAAGACGCGGACGUGUUUCCCGACAAGCUACCCAUUAUCUCGGAAUUGGUGCCGUCCGACGACAUCAGUGCCUCGGAACAAAAAAUUCUGACUGAUGACGACAGCAGCGACCUCCCAGGGCACCUCCCGGUGGAUUUAACAACUGCAGCGCCCUUUAUGCCGACACUGUUGCCGGAGCCACUGUUGGCACUCCACCUGGGGAUUUUGGAUGGCGACCAGUUGGAUAGCCUGCAGGAUGUGGAUAGCCCCCAGGAGCCGAAAAGCCACACGAGAGUUUUUAGGGAUCCCCUGCAAGACGACACCGGAUUGUACAUCACAGAAGAAGUCACCUCCUCGGAAGAUCGCCUCAAAUCCUUCUCCUUGGCCUUCAACCAGGAGCUGCAGGACGUCAUUCUCUGUAUUUCCCCCAUAAUCACCUUCCCGGAGCCAUUCCUGUUAACGGAGAGGGGCAUGAGGUGCCCCACCAGGGAGUAUUUCCCGGAGCAGGUUUACUUGUCCCCUCUUCUCAACAAGGAGGGCAAAGAGCUGGAGAGCAGGAGGAAGAAGCAGCUCUUGAGGGACAUCUGCGGGCUGCAGGCGAUGAACGGGAGCACCCAGGCCAAGCCUCUGCAGAUCCUGCCCCCCCACGAGCUGGUGGUGAGCCGGAUCGCGGAGCCCCUGAGCAGCAGCAAGGAGCUGGCCACGAUGCUGUCCGACUACCGGGCCAGGGGAGGGAGGAUCGCUCAGAAAAGCGCCGAUCCGUUCGUUCAACCUAAAGAGGCACCCGGCACGAAAGCGGAAGACUGCGAGAGGGGGUUUGUCCAGACUGAAUCUUUAUGGGCUCAUAAAGUGGACUGCCUCAGCCCUCUGAAUCACCAGCGGCUCUGUGUGCUGUUCAGCAGCUCUUCGACCCAGUCCAGCAAUGCUCCAAGUGCCUGCGUUAGCCCAUGGAUUGUGACGAUGGAAUUCUACGGAAAGAAUGAUCUCACUUUGGGUGUGUUUCUCGAAAGGUAUUGCUUCAGGCCCUCUUACCAGUGCCCCAGCAUGUUCUGUGAGACUCCCAUGGUGCACCACAUCCGUCGCUUCGUCCACGGGCAAGGCUGCGUACAGAUCAUACUGAAGGAACUGGACUCCCCAGUGCCUGGCUACCAGCAUACGAUCCUUACGUACUCCUGGUGUAGGAUAUGCAAGCAGGUAACGCCAGUUGUCCCACUUUCCAACGACUCCUGGUCGAUGUCGUUUGCCAAAUACCUCGAGCUGCGUUUCUAUGGGCAUCAGUACACCCGCAGAGCCAAUGCUGAGCCCUGUGGCCACUCCAUACACCACGACUAUCACCAGUAUUUUUCAUACAAUCAGAUGGUGGCCUCUUUCAGUUAUUCUCCUAUACGGUUGCUUGAGGUGUGCGUACCACAUCCCAAGAUCUACAUCAAACGUCGGGUUCCACUGAAGGUUACCAUUCUUCAAGACCUGAAAGAUUUUGCUCAAAAGGUGUCCCUGGUAUACGGAGCUGUGGACGAACGCCUCACCUCUCUGAAAACGGAUACCUUUAGUAAAACAAGGGAGGAGAAGAUGGAAGACCUCUUUGCACAAAAGGAGAUGGAGGAAGUUGAGUUCCGGAACUGGAUUGAGAAAAUUCAAGCAAGGAUGCUCUCAGCAUCGCUGGACACGCCUCAGCAGCUGCAGUCAGUCUUCGAAUCUCUGAUCACAAAAAAGCAGAACCUCUGUGAGAUGCUGCAAGCGUGGAAUAACAGGCUACAGGAUCUCUUCCAACAAGAGAAAGGCAGAAAACGCCCCUCGGUGCCCCCCAGUCCCGGAAGACUGAGGCAAGGCGAAGAGAGCAAGAUCAGUGCGAUGGAUGCCUCGCCCCGUAACGUCUCUCCAGCAAUACAAAACGGCGACAAAGAGGACCGUUUUCUUACAACCUUGUCAAGCCAGAGCUCCACCAGUUCCGCUCUCCUCCAGCUUCCCACCCCUCCUGAAGUUGUGUCGGACCAGUUGACCGGGGGGGCUUCCUUUGCCAGCGUGCUCCCUGAGCCCGAGACCACUAGCAGCACUGAAGAUCCAUUCGAUGGUCACUUGCUGGGCUCCACGGACAGCCAGGUGAAAGAGAAAUCGACCAUGAAAGCGAUCCUGGCAAACCUCUUACCUGGAAACAGCUACAAUCCCAUCCCGUCCCCUUUUGAGCCCGACAAGCAUUACUUGAUGUAUGAGCAUGAGCGCGUUCCCAUUGCAGUCUGCGAAAGAGAACCCAGCUCCAUCAUUGCCUUCGCUCUCAGUUGCAAGGAGUACAGAAGUGCCUUAGAUGAACUGUCCAAAGCGUCCUUGAGAAGCAACGGAGAAGAAGGACUGCAAACAAGCAGUCUGGCCGAGAGCAGAGCAAAGAACAACAGUCCAGUCCGGCUGCCUGAGACGAACGUGGGACCAACGAACCAAGUGGCAGAGGUGGAACAGCACCCGACAAAGAAGCCGUACGGAGUGCUAUCCUUCUUCCGUGGAACUGGAGGGAAAAGCCCCGAUCUCUCUGCCCAGAAAAAGGAGACUUUGCGUGGAGCAGACAGUGCCUACUACCAGGUUGGGCAGACGGGCAAAGAAGGUGCGGAGAAUCAAGGAGCAGAUGCUGCAGCAAAGAAGCCGUACGGAGUGCUAUCCUUCUUCCGUGGAACUGGAGGGAAAAGCCCCGAUCUCUCUGCCCAGAAAAAGGAGACUUUGCGUGGAGCAGACAGUGCCUACUACCAGGUUGGGCAGACGGGCAAAGAAGGUGCGGAGAAUCAAGGAGCAGAUGCUGCAGAAUUCUCUGAUGCAAACGCCAAGUUCUACUGCCGAAUUUACUAUGCGGGAGAGUUCCAUAAAAUGCGUGAAGUGAUACUUGGGAGCAGCGAAGAGGAUUUCAUCCGUUCUCUUUCUCACUCUUUGCCCUGGCAGGCACGAGGAGGCAAAUCGGGAGCUGCUUUUUAUGUAACCGAAGACGACCGUUUUAUCUUGAAGCAAAUGCCCCGCCUGGAGGUCCAGUCCUUCUUAGACUUUGCCCCGCACUACUUCACGUACAUUACGAAUGCUGUACAGCAUAAGAAACCCACAGCUUUGGCCAAGAUCCUUGGGGUGUAUCGGAUUGGUUUCAAGAACUCUCAGAAUAACACAGAGAAGAAGCUUGACCUGCUGGUCAUGGAAAAUCUCUUCUACGGCAGGAAGAUGGCUCAGGUUUUCGACCUGAAGGGCUCCUUGCGGAACAGAAACGUGAAGACAGACACGGGGAAAGAGAGCUGCGACGUGGUCUUGCUGGAUGAGAACCUCUUGAAGCUGGUGCGGGACAACCCCUUGUACAUCCGUUCACACUCCAAGGCUGUCCUUAGGGUUUCCAUCCACAGCGACUCUCAUUUCCUCUCAAGCCACCUCAUCAUCGAUUACUCUCUUCUGGUGGGCCGGGACGACACCAGCGACGAGCUGGUAGUUGGGAUCAUUGAUUACAUCCGCACGUUUACUUGGGACAAAAAGCUCGAAAUGGUGGUUAAGUCAACGGGCAUUCUGGGAGGCCAAGGCAAAAUGCCAACCGUGGUCUCUCCAGAACUGUAUCGGACCAGGUUUUGUGAAGCCAUGGACAAGUAUUUUCUGAUGGUGCCGGAUCACUGGACAGGGCUGGGCCUGAAUUGUUAAGGUAAAGGACCCCUUGAUGAGACGUGGAGGAGAAACUUCCUCAGAUUUCCUCGACGCCGUUACCUUCAGUAGCAGCUAAAGGAACUUCAGCCCGCAGCAAACGACAUUUGUCUGAAUCCACACUUUGGAACUUGGAUGCGGGAACGUUAACGGGAAAGCUGCUGUCGGGAACUACUCAAGACCAGACUCGAAUCCUACCAUCUCACGCACAGACAGAGAAUGCUCCUAUCAAACCGGCAGCCACAAGGGUAGUGUGUAUUUAUCCCCACGGGCUACUGUAAGCUGUCAGAGCACUGGACUCAAAUCUUGGCCUAUGCCUAAUGGUGGCUCGCAUUAGAAAUCUUGCACAUUUCACACAGUUCUUUGAUAUAAAAUCCAAGUGGAUACGCAGGCCCCAAAUUGGCCCAUUAAGAUGUUGCUGUACAGAUUUAUUUAAGGUGAGGAAAGAAACCCGUUCAUUAACGCAGCAGCAUCUUGCCACUGUGGUGACCGGGAGCGUAAGCAUGAUUGCGGAACUUGCUCUGGUACGCACUGAUCGCUUCGUAUGAGUUUCCUGUAAGUUUUGAGGAUUUUAGUCAUUUAUAGAUAACACCAUUUUGUCAUUUGGAGCACCACUUUUCUUUUAAAGGUAAAACACUUUUUUUAAAACGCAGUCAGAUAUUUUACCGGAGGUCCCCCUUCCCCCCCUGGACUUCCCCCCCGGAAACUUAGGUUUCCACGCACCACCAGUGAAUGGGAUUGCCCCGCAGCAAGAUGCCUCAGGUGCGUGCGAUCACACACUUAUGCACAAAAAAUCCCCCGCCCACAAGCAAACUUUCUCAAAAGCAAGCCUCUUGACUGAGUUGAGGCCUGCCUUGAGAGCGCUGCCGUAACACACGGCUUUUAUUACAUUCCUGUUUCUCGUAUUACCCUCUGAAGGGGGCACUUGGUUGUCUUUGCGAUGACAAAAUAUUUUGGUUCUAGAGCAAACCCCACCACGUUUUCGUUCGAGUAACGGUGGCCUUCAAGUGCCAGUCCUGCCUGACUUGAUUCCUUUUCAUCCCAUUACCAGGCUAAGUAUUACAUUCCACAAAUCCCUCUCUUUUUUAAAAAAAAACAACGAAACCAGGCUAUGGAGCUGUAGCCGCUCUAGCCCCACGGACACUGAUUUUCAGUUUUUGUAGGUGCUCUGAACAUUUACUGAACCAAGGUGGUGUGUGGUAUAAAUAAACCAGGUUAUGUGGGGAUUCAGACAAUCUUCGCAACCUGAAAGUUUAUUUUUUUAAAAGAAAAUAAUAAAAAUUUACUUUUUUUGUUUGAACAUAAUAAA